AUGUCCGCCAGGGGUGAUGGCCCUCCGAAAGAUGACCUGGGCGUACUGUCAGAUAGUGGGCCCCAGAACGAAGGCUCCGAAGACCCUCGCUCAGCGUGGAUGCAGCAGAUACUUGUCAAGAUCAUGGAUGCUGCACAUCCCGACAUGGAGGAAGAGGCAGACAACAGGGCGCGAGUUCCCUUUCUGGAGGCCAACACGUUAGAUGACUUUCGUCGAGAGAGGCCAGAUCCCCGUCUUUAUGCCACACACCUUCCCCCUGACAUGUUGCCUACUGGAUUGAAGGCCAAAAGAGUCAAGGACCUCAGAGGGGAAGUUGUGAAGGUUUGUGAUUUUCUGGGAAAAGAUUUGACUGAUGAAGCCAUCGAUCAUGUUGUGGAGAUGUCCACGUUCAAAAACAUGAAGACAAACCCCAAAGCUAACUACAAGGACUUGGUUGAAAAACAACGCUACAGCAGCCCAACCAUGCGCAAAGGUGUGGCAGGCGACUGGAAGAACUUCUUCACAGUGGCUCAGAAUGAGUAUUUUGACAUAGUGUUCGAAGAGAAGAUGAGCGACCUUCCUCUGAGCUUCACCUGGGAGAUCAAACAGUAGCUCCAUUAUCAUUCAAAAAUGGCUCUUACAUGGGGGGGUUUAAAAGAAAAAAAGUCCAGUGUUAUUCUAUAUUCUGUUGCCAACAAUAUGUUUAUCUUUUCGCAGUUACGUAAUCAUCAAAUAGUUGUGAAACAUUUCACCCUAAACAACAAAUAUAAAAUACAUUUGGAUUAUAUAUUUACAUAUUUGAUUCUACAUCCCUGGAUUGACACAUGGGUAAAAACAUUUCCUAGAUUACGAAGAGAUUAUUAUUAUUAUACAGAGAUGAGGAAACAUUUUAGGGUACAAUAAUAUUGUUUACAAAGUCAAUCAACCAUGGAUCGUAUGUUGGAGCAAUUUUAUUCUAUCAAUAAAUAAAAAUGAGAAGAUAAAUGUACAAAACGUCAGGAUUCAGCUAGAUCAAUUAUACAGGGAUAUUUUACAUUUAGUUGGCAAUCAAAACAUAAUUACAAAUAUGACAUACUUGUAGCACCAUUGAGUAAUAUUUGUGUUAGUUGUUAGUAAUAGAAAGACUAAUUUACAUAAACUGUUGGCAUUAAAGAUCCCCUAUGAUACUGUUCUUCAUCAAUAUAUUAUAGGUCUCAGGUACAAAACAUGUCUCUGAAGUGUUUGGCUCCAAA